CGUGUUUAUUGUGCUGCGCGCGGGCCGCUGUGGCGCACAGAGUGCGGGGCAGAAGAGAGCGAGAGCCCGCAGACACAGAAGCAGCAGCGGCAGCACGACGACGACGACGACCGUCCGGCCUGCCGCUCGAUUCAUUUAUCGAUUAAAGUGGGAUUUUUCCACCCGCACCGCGUCGACGCCGCCGCCGCCGCCGUCGGACAUGCCGUCUCUGCGACACUCGUACACGGUGACGGUGCCGGAGGAACCGGCCGCGUUCCCCUCAGACAAGCCCGAGCUGCGGCGGAAGAGCCCGUCGCUGUCCCGGUCCAAGCUGGUGUCCACGUUCAUGGGGCUGAUCAUCAACCAGGCCAAGAACAAGAGUCCUCAAGGCCUGGUGGGACUGAGGAACCUGGGCAACACGUGCUUCAUGAACUCCAUCCUUCAGUGUCUGAGUAACACUCCCGAGCUGAGGGACUACUGCCUGAGGAACCGGCACCGCACGGACCUCAUCAGCAGCAGCAGCAGCAGCAGCGAGACCAGCGCCGCUCUCAUGGAAGAGUUUGCGAAGCUGACCCAGAGCCUGUGGACCUCGGUGAACAACGAGGCCAUCAGUCCCUCUGAUUUCAGGAGCCAGAUCCAGAGAUUCGCUCCCAAAUUUGUGGGCUGCAAUCAGCAGGACGCCCAAGAGUUUCUGCGUUUCCUACUGGACGGUCUCCACAAUGAGGUCAACCGGGUGACCGUCUGCCCCAAGAUGCCCGUCGAGGACUUUGACCACCUCUCGGAUGAUGAAAAGGGCAAGCGCAUGUGGAACAUUUACUUGGAGAGAGAGGACAGCAAAGUCGUGGAUCUAUUUGUUGGACAGCUGAAGAGCUCCGUGACCUGCACCGUCUGCGGCUUCCGUUCCACGGUGUUUGAUCCAUUCUGGGACCUGUCCAUACCGGUCGCACAGAAGAGCUCCGGCGAAGUGACUCUCAAAGACUGCUUGAGGCUCUUCACAAAAGAAGAUGUGUUGGACGGAGAAGAGCGACCGACGUGCAACCGAUGCAAAGCCAGAAGGAAAUGCACCAAGAGAUUCAGCAUCCAGAAGUUCCCCCAGAUCCUCGUGCUUCACCUGAAGCGCUUCUCCGACUCCAACAUCCGGACCAGCAAACUCUCCACUUACGUCAACUUCCCCGUCAAAGAGCUGGACCUGCGGGAGUUCGCCUCGGAGAGCGGCGAGCGCGCCUCAUACAACCUGUACGCCGUGUCCAACCACUCGGGGAACGCUCUGGGGGGCCACUACACAGCCUACUGCAAGAACCCGGCGCUGGGCGAGUGGUACAGCUACAACGACUCCAGGGUGAGCCCCGUGUCCUCCAGCCAGGUCCGCAGCAGCAACGCCUACGUCCUCUUCUACGAGCUGGCUGCCCCCCCGCACAGCAAAUACCAGACGUGCCGUCUUUAGGCGGGCCGGCGCCAGGAGUCGAUGAUGCUGCACCGCGCCGGUGGAGUCGGACGCCCGCCUGCUGGGAGAGAGAGGGAGAGAGAGAGGGAGCUCCCCCUUGUGGAGAGAGUACUGUCAUUACAGGCUGUGUUGCAGGAUGGGGGGGAAACGCCCUCUAACAUUCGAUGUGUUUUUGUUUUGUUUUUUUGUUUUUUUUUGAGAGCGAAAAGGCUGGAUUGUAUCCAGCUGAGCUCGUACCUGAAGCAGCAAAGAGAAAACACUACUAUGAUUUAGAGAAAGAAAAAAAGAAGAACGUAAAAUUCAGCUCGAGGCCCAGCUGUGAUUCUGAAAUUAAAAUCUCUUUGCAGGACACUUUUCACUGUAGAAAAAACAAAAAAAAGACCGCACAGCUGUGCCUGGGCCCGAAUCUGCACCCGAUCGAGUGGAUUUCCUUUAUCUUUUUCAUGCGCUGUGGACACGGACCAGCAACCAUAAGGACGUUCAUGUGUGAUGACACGGCAGAGACUUUAAAAACGCCUCGCAUAGAAAGUGAAGGAUGUAAUGUUUUCUAUUUAAGAGAAUGGCAGUAGAUGGAAGAGCCUACGUAGCGUAUGUAUGGCAGUGAACAAAGCCGUAUAGUUUUUCUCAAUCCACUAAUGUAGAGAGGAUGUUUUCUGGCAAAGCACAUAUUAUUUUUGUAUAGUAUUUAUGGACAGCGCAGUGAAUGUACGUGUGAAAAAGCCAGACAUACCAAAUCAGCUGUACAAAAAAAAAAAAAAGCAUCAACAGUACCGUACUUCUUGCCGCAAUAAUGUUUGCUGACUUUACACCUUUUAUCAGUUCGGAGUCGAAAAAUGAUUAAACUUCACUGUUGACUUAUA